CAAUCGCGUAACGAUCAGUGCACAGCAAACGAGAUCCAGCUCGAUCCCCACGACUGUGCUGCCUAUUUCCUAUGUGUGAAGGGAGAAUUUGUGAGUCAGAAAUGUGUUCGUGGCUUUUACUUCGAUGCCGCAAUCCAGGCGUGUGUGGGCGACACCAAAGAGUCGUCUAACAAGCGGACUGCGAAAAUGGCUCACAAUAGAAACCUCAAAUUUGUGUAUCUCCUUUCCAUUGCUGUGACCCUGGUCUUUGGAGCUGCAGCCGAUGAUGAUUGCUGUCAACCCGGCGAUACCAAGCCCGUCGAAGGCGAUUGCACCCAGUACUACGGCUGCUGUACGGGAAAGUUCGUUCUGAAGUCGUGCCCUAGCGGACAAUACUGGAAUUCAAACAACCAACAAUGUGAACCUGACAACGGCCAAUGCGUUCCUGUUGAGCCCGGUGCGCCCGGUGCGCCCUGUGCGCCCGGUGAGCCCGGUGCGCCCGGUGCAUGCACAGAAGGAGAUACCAAAGUGGAUGCCUCCGAUUGUACCAAAUAUCAAGUCUGCAAGAACGGAGAGUAUGUCUCGGCCUCCUGUAACUCUGGUUACUACUGGAACUCGGCUAACAGCCAGUGCGAGCAGGAUAACGGCCAGUGCGUUUCAGUAACAUGUAAGGACGGAGAGCUUAGUGCAGACUCAUCUGACUGCGCAGGCUACUUCAUAUGUCUGGAUAAUAAGUUAGUCAAGAGGAAGUGCGCUAGUCAAACCUAUUUCGAUGCCAGUCUGGAGACUUGCGUUAUCGACACUGAGGGUGUUUGCAUACCCAAGGUUUGCGAUUCCGAAUGCUGCGAUAAGCCCAACAAUUGGAUUGGACCCGUCGAUAAGAACUGCUCCGCAUUCAUUCACUGCCUUUACGGCCAACUGAUUCAACAGACCUGUCCCAACAAUCUGCAGUUCAACAACAUUACCAAGCAGUGCGACUUCCCCGAUGUUGUCCAAUGCGAUGACGGCAGCCCACCGCCAAGCGGACCCACAGCCGGUCCCUCGGGCACCUACUGUGAGAGCAAGGGUCGCUGCGUCGGACAACGUGAUGGCGCCAUGUUCGCCGAUGCCAAGUCUGCCUCCAGUGGUGGCUACAUCGUAUGCCAAUGUGAAUGUGAGAUUAACUUCAACUGUGUCGCCGGCUUAGUUUUCAACGAGAAGAUUCGCACCUGCGAUUGGCCAUAA